GUUCGCUGUUGAGGUAUGCAUCUAAAAUUUGUGCUGCUAUUGGCCUGCCUGGGCCUCGCCAGGGCCGCCGAACAGGUGCGCUAUGACAACUACAAGCUGUACCAAGUGCAAGUCAAUCAUCUGCAAGACUCCCAACUGCUCCAUGAUAAUGAGCAAGUGCUGAAGCUCGAUACAUGGCGUGAGGCGCGCAAUCUGGGCGAGUUCUCGGACAUUAUGCUGCCGCCUCAGUACCAAGAGACGUUCGAAUCGCUGCUCAACCGCCACAACGUGAGCUAUAUUCUCAGGUUCGACAACGUGCAGCGGAUGUUCGACGCGCAGCGUCCAAGGCAACGAACGAGCUCGAUGGAGUGGACCCAGUAUCACACUCUGGACGAGAUCUACGCCUGGCUGGAUCAAAUCGAGAACCUUUACUCGCACCUUGUGACUCCAUUUACGAUUGGCAAGUCCUAUGAGGGUCGCCCCAUACGUGGCAUGAAGAUCUCCUACAAGCCAGGCAACAGCGCCGUCUUCAUCGAGUCGAACAUUCACGCACGUGAAUGGAUCACCUCGGCUACCAUCACAUACUUCAUCGAUGAGCUGCUCGUGCCGCGCAAUCCGGCGGUCAGAGACAUAGCGCAGACUGUGGACUGGUACAUAAUACCUGUGCUAAAUACGGACGGCUUUGUACAUUCACACGAAGUGGAACGUCUUUGGCGUAAAUCGCGUUUACCCUCCGAUCCCACAGGAAAAUGCAUAGGAACCGAUCUGAAUCGCAACUUCAAUUAUCGCUGGAUGCAGAUUGGCGCUUCUGCUGAUCCUUGCGAGCAAACUUAUGCUGGUCCCUACGCAGAGUCCGAUCCGGAAAUCAGUCAGCUGACGAGCUACAUAAACAACUCCAUACCCGAGGGCAGCAUUAAGAUCUAUAUAUCUCUGCAUUCCUUCGGCCAAUAUGUGCUCUCGCCCUGGGGCCAUACGGCUGAGGAGUUUCCCGAGCACUAUCCACAGAUGAUGGCUGUGGCCAAGGGAUUUGCCGAUGCUCUCCACAGGCGUAAUGGCACGGUGUUUACUUAUGGCUCCAGUGCUACGACUCUAUACGAAGUUUCUGGUUCUGGUAAGGAAUGGGCCUAUGCUGUGAAGAACAUUAUCAUACCCUACACCAUAGAGCUGCCUGACAAGGGCAAAUUCGGUUUCGCAUUGCCUCCCGAGUAUAUCAUACCCGUAUCACGUGAACUCACUGAGGGAUUUGUGGGCAUGAUACAGGCAGCUCGUGAAAUUGAUGUACUCUAAUAAAGCACGACUCCAAAACUGGGAAAAUACUUU